UGAACUUACCAAUAAAAACCAACGAUCUCACACUUGUGAUUGUGCCUUACAACCCUUUCUCUCUCUCUCUCUCUCUCUCUCUCCUCUGCCACUCUCUCCGGCGACACACCGCCAUGGCCACCGCCAAUGCUCCAUUCGCCACCGCUCCCGCAGAAGAAGACUACAUUGACAUGGAACUCACCUCUUCCCCUUCUUCCAAAUCAUUUUGCUAUUCUAUUGGAUCCCCCCCCGCCCCCGCCCCCGCCCCCGCCACCGCAGGCUGCCAGAGAUUUCGAGUUCCAAUUCCAAAUGACAUCAUUUUCCGGCGAAACAGAGGCGGCAACUUCGCCGGCCGACGAUCUGUUCUACAAAGGAAAAUUACUCCCCCUCCAUCUCCCUCCCCGUUUACAAAUGGUUCAAAAGCUUCUUCACAGCCCCAACUCCCAAAACCCAUCAAGAAAAGCCGAAUCUUUCUCAGAAAAUUUCGAGAUUCCUUUCAUCUCCAUGAAAGCUCCACCUCCCGAGUCGUGCAAUGUGUCACCCAGUGAGUCGUGCAGACCGAGUUGUGAGUUGAACCCAGAUGAGUUUUUGUUGGGGUUUAGAGGGGAAAUUAUUAAGGAUUUUGUUAACCCAACAACAACAACAACAAAAUCAUGGUCGAAGAAAGUGAAGCAAUUGAAACAAUCUUCACAAGCUUAUUUCAAAUCGUUAUUUGGGAAAUCUGUUUGUUCUUCUAACAACAGAUCCUCUGUUUUCAAUGAAGAAUCAGAGAACAUUUUUGAUAACAGGGGAAGUUCAGGAAAGUUCAUUAAAGUUUCCAAAAAAAACCCUUUUGGUAGAAUUGAUUAUAACAAAUGGCAGAUUCCAAAUCAAACUUUAGAGAAGGAAAAAGCUGAAGAUUUUUAUGGUGGGAUUUUGAAUAUUAACAAUCAUAGAAGGUCAUUUUCAGGGGCAAUUCAGAGAACUUCUUCUUCUUCUUCUUCUUCAACUAAUAAUAACAACAAAAUUUCUUCUUCUUGUUCAACUUCUUCCUCAGGUUCUUCAUCUUUAUCUUCAUCAUUUUCUUUUAGUUCAAAUGGGUUUUGUGAUCUGCAGUCAUUUAAGAGAAGCAUAAGUUCAAAUUCAGAGAUAGAGAACUCCAUUGAAGGGGCAAUUGCUCACUGUAAACAAUCUCAAAAGAUGAUUGUUAAUUCAAGAAAAAAUGAGACUGAAUCUCAACCACAAACUUGUUCUCUCUCUGUUUCUAAGGUUUUGCCUUGUGGGGAUCAGAAAAGUUCACAACUUUGCAGGAUUUGACGAUGGCUUCAAUAUCACAAUACUCUCUUUUUCUUUCUCUGCUGAGUUUGAUUGUGGAUUUGAAGUAAACCAAGGAAGUUGAAGGAAGAUUUGAAGCUCAACAAUGGAGAUUCCAGCUUAAAGAUGAUGAUGAUGAACAAGAAGAAGAAGAAAAAGAACAUAGAUUUAAGAUUAUAUUAUUGUAACAAGGUUGUUCUAAAUCAUUCAGUAUGCUAUUAUUAUUAUUAUUAUUAUUUUGUUAUGUUCUAUCUUUAUGUACAAAAUUGUAUAGUUGUUUGAGUUCAAUCAAACAGCUCCCUAUUUCAUUACUUUUUGAGUU